CUGUGGCACGGGUCUAAUGGGGAGCCCAGGCUUUGGAAGGGGAAGACUGAAGACCGUGCUAGAGUUAGACCCAAAUCGUUUGAUCACUCGCCUCCUCUGAUCCCAAUCUCACACCGAUCCCUGCUACUGCCUCCGUACAAGAAACAAACAACGAAAGACAGAAGUAUCUCACCCUCAAAGUCAUGUCGCGCGAGAGACCCAGGAGAGGCGUACUACCUCCGGCUCAAGAGAACAUCGAGAAAUUACAGAAAGUUGUAGAAGGGGGUGAUUAUUAUGGAGCUCAACAAAUGUACAAAUCAAUUAGUGCAAGAUACGUGUCUGCUCAGAGGUAUUCUGAAGCAUUGGAUAUUCUCCAAUCCGGUGCAUGCAUCCAGUUGAAACAUGGGCAGAUUACUUGUGGGGCGGAGCUUGCUAUAUUGUUUGUGGAAACUCUUGUAAAAGGGAAAGUUCCUUAUGACGAUGAAACUCUUGAUCGUGUCAGGAAAAUAUACAAGACAUUUCCUCAGAUUCCUCUGCCACAGCACUUACCAGAUGACGAUGAAAUGCAGCAAAUUUCUGAAGCUCUUGGGGCAGCAAAAACACGUGUAGAGGGCUGCUCAUCAUUCUUAAAAGCUGCAAUAAAGUGGUCUGUGGAGUCUGGAGCACAUAAGAAUGGAUCUCCUGAACUACAUGUUAUGCUAGCUGAAUAUAUAUAUUCUGAAUCUCCUGAAGUGGACAUGGCUAGAGUAUCAUAUCAUUUUGUUAGAGGAAACAAUCCAAAGAAUUUUGCAUCUAUUCUAGUCAAUUUCACAGAAAAGUGUUAUCCAGGUGAAGAUGAUUUAGCCAUUGCCCGAGCAACUUUAAUGUAUGUAGCUUCGGGCAAUCUGAGAGAUGCUAACUAUCUCAUGGAUGAGAUAAAGAAAGAAGUGGCAUCUAAGCAGCUUGACUUUCCCCAGUCAGAUUUGAUCCAGUUCAUCAUAUAUCUUUUGCAAACAUUACAGAGAGAUGCUUUGCCUCUUUUUAAUAUGUUGAGAGCAAGUUACAAGACAAGUUUAGAAAGGGAACCUACCUUUAAUGAGUUGCUAGAUGAAAUUGCAGAGAAAUUCUAUGGAGUGCGACGUAGAAAUCCCCUACAAGGGGUGUUUGGGGAUAUUUUCAAGUUGAUGGGAGGUGAAUAGCAAUGUAACACAAGUUCAGUCUCUCAACCUUUAUGGAUCCAGCAACCCUACAUUUGCUGGCGCGUUCAAGAGGAGUUCUUCAUCUGUUUGGAGCUUCUUACCCAUUUUCAUAUUGUGUUUCGUGUUUCUUCUGAUAAUUCUAAGGUUAUUUUCAUCAGUGACCGGAAAGACUUGCUCCACUCUUGAACCCAACUGUACCAUUGCUCACUACACAAAAACCAAUGUUCUGCUUUUCUUAUGAAAUGAUUAUUUGAUUGUA